AUGCUAAAAACACUGAAACUGAAUCAAGAAACUUGUCAAUGGUGGCAUGGACGCAUCAAUGAGAAGUCAUUAAUGAUCCGUAAUAGGACAGCUGUAGCUAUCGGAGAAAACUUACCUGAGUUAAGGCACCUUGAACUCAUUGGAAACAACAUGACAAAUAUUGGGUUGCAGGCGAUUCUUGAUGGUUGUUGUCAUCUUGAAUCACUUGAUUUGCGUGAGUGCUUGUACAUAGAUCUCAUGGGAGAGUUGGGGAUGAAAUGUUCAGAAAAGAUUAAAUGUCUUAAGCUACCCAAUGAUUCUCUUAAAGGAUGUUUAUACUAUCGUGAAUAUGAUCUCGAUUGCAAGAGAUGUGAAGAUAAUCAUUACUUUUGGAACUCUGGUGUGGACUUAGAAGAUAUGAUAGUCAAUUAUUCGGAUGAUUAUUGA